ACAGCUCAUCAAAUAUUAAGUUUAGCUGGAAUAAGUUUCCUAAGAAAAAGUAUUAUUGGUUGUGUUGAAUUAACUAUUAUACCAUUACGAGAUACAUUAAGGCUGAUAAAGCUUAAUGCCAAACAAUGCAGGAUAUACAGAGUAUGCUUAAAUGAUACAUAUGAAGCUCCUUUUCAAUAUUUUGAUCCAUUUUUGGAUAUUUGCCAAGGAGAUAGUAAACAACGUUCCCUGGAAUUCUUUUCAAAUAUGCAUUUAGCAGCUGCUCAGAAAGUUGAUCCUGAUAACAAUGCUGGGGAACUGGUAGUUCAGAUACCACCAGAUGCAGCACAUUUAGUUGCGGAAGGACGAGGACUGAGGAUUAGUAUUGAAUUUUCUUUAGAGCAACCACAAGGUGGUGUACAUUUUGUAGUUCCAAAUUGUGAGGGCACUUUAGCUGAAAGAGGUGCACAUAUGUAUACAUAUAGUUAUGAAAACUCAUCAAGACUAUGGUUUCCAUGUGUGGAUAGUUUUGCUGAACCAUGUACCUGGAAAUUGGAAUUUACUGUUGAUGACUCAAUGACUGCAGUUUCCUGUGGAGAUUUAAUUGAAGUUGUUUACACACCUGACAUGCGCAGGAAAACAUUUCAUUAUGUGCUUAAUACUCCAGCUUGUGCUCCAAACAUUGCGUUGGCAGUUGGACCUUUUGAAAUUUUUGUGGAUCCUUACAUGCAUGAAGUGACUCAUUUCUGCCUGCCUCAACUUCUACCAUCUUUGAAAGUAUCUGCAAAAUACAUGCAUGAAGCUUUUGAAUUUUAUGAGGAAACUUUGUCAAAUCGAUAUCCAUAUUCUUGUUACAAACAAGUCUUUGUUGAUGAAGUAGAUGACGACAUCAAUGUUUAUGCUACUAUGAGUAUUUUAAACACAAAUUUAUUACAUUCUACCGCGAUCAUAGAUCAGGUAUACAUCACAAAAAAAGCAAUGGCACAGGCAAUCGCGGAACAAUUUUUCGGAUGCUUCAUAUCUAUGCAAAAUUGGUCAGAUACAUGGCUACCCAAAGGUAUCUCUACUUAUUUAACAGGAUUGUAUGCUAAAAAGUGCUUUGGCAACAAUGAAUAUAGACAAUGGAUUCAAUCUGAAUUGCAAGAAGUUGUAAAAUACGAAGAACAGUUUGGUGGUAUAAUAUUAGAUCCAUCUCAACCACCAGCUCCAUUACCCAUUGCAGCUAAUACCCCGGCUCCUGCACCCCGUGCUCCUGACCCAGGAUUCUAUUUUCCCAUUAGAAAUUUGCACACAAUGUCACCACAAUACAUUAAAGUUCUCCGCAAAAAGGCACACCUAGUUAUUAGAAUGCUAGAACACAGAAUUGGCCAAGAAUUGUUGCUUCAAGUUUUCAACAAGCAGCUCUCUUUAGCAGCUAAUGCUGCACAACAAAAAAUUGAUUCUGGCUUAUGGUCACACAUGUUAAUUAGCACAAAUGUAUUCACUAAGGCAAUUUUUACUGUGACGGGUAAAGAUAUGGCAGUCUUUAUAGAUCAAUGGGUGAGAACAGGAGGACAUGCAAAAUUUACGUUAAGUUUUGUAUUUAACAGGAAAAGGAACACGGUAGAAUUAGAAAUUAAACAAGAUACCACACAUCAAAGAGGGAUUAGAAAAUAUGUUGGUACAUUGUUGGUCAAUAUUCAAGAAUUAGAUGGUACUUUUAAGCACACAUUACAAAUCGAAGGUACACUGGCUAAAGCGGACAUAACAUGUCACAGUAAAAGUCGUAGAAAUAAAAAGAAGAAAAUCCCAUUAUGCACUGGUGAAGAGGUGGACAUGGAUCUUUCUGCUAUGGACGAUUCACCAGUAUUAUGGAUCAGACUGGAUCCUGAAAUGACACUCAUGCGUGCCGUACAAAUAGAACAACCUGAUUAUCAAUGGCAGUAUCAAUUGAGACAUGAGAGAGACGUUACAGCACAAUUAGAAGCGAUCGAAGCUCUACAAAAUCAUUCAACGCCUGCUACACGAUUAGCAUUAACCGACACGAUUGAAAAUGAGCACUGCUACUACAAAGUUAGACUUCGUGCUGCGCACUGUUUAACAAAGGUAGCUAAUGCUAUGGUGGCAACAUGGGCUGGUCCACCAGCAAUGAUGGCCAUAUUUAGAAAAUUAUUCGGAUCGGCGUCGUGUCGACGAAUUAUUAAGCAAAAUAACUUUUCAAAUUUUCAACAUUAUUUCCUGCAAAAGACUAUACCAGUUGCAAUGGCAGGAUUACGAAAUGCCCACGGUAUUUGUCCACCAGAAGUUUUAGCCUUCUUAAUGGAUCUCUUCAAGUACAACGAUAAUAGUAAAAAUAGAUAUUCCGACAAUUACUAUAGAGCCGCACUAAUAGAAGCUUUAGGCGCUACUGUUACGCCAGUUAUCAGUGUGCAACAAGGGACCGCUAUUACAGCCGAAUCUUUAUCAAUCGACACUAAAGCUAUUUUAGAGGAAGUGACAAGAAACCUGAAUUUAGAAAAAUUGUUGCCUUGUUACAAAUAUACCGUUAGUGUAGCUUGUCUUAAAGUUAUACGAAUCCUCCAAAAGUUUGGUCAUCUUCCGAGCAAUCCUAAUCUUUUUAGAGCAUAUGCGGCGUAUGGACAAUUUAUAGAUAUUCGAAUCGCAGCUUUAGAAGCGUUAGUUGAUUUCACUCGCGUAGACGGUAAAUGGGAAGAUUUAGAAUUUCUCUUGGAUAUGGCGGAAAUGGAUCCACAUCCCGGUGUACGUCAUAGACUUGUGAGGUUAAUGGUGGAGAAUCCACCAUUCGAAAAAGCACAUAAACAUCGCUUGGAUAAACCAGAUUUAGUCGACCGUAUAUGGAAUUUAAUCAAUGGCAUGUUGUCACAUGAUGCAAAAUUACGCUGUGAUUUAGUGGAUUUGUACUAUACUUUGUAUGGUACAAAAACUCCUUUUUGUUUUCCUGAACUCGCGAUGCUCACGAAACCUAGGAAGGCGGGUCCACCAAAUAGUCCAGAACGUGAAGUAAAAGUUGUACCCAUGCAACACGUCAGACAUGAGCCAAUUGAUGAAGUCGAAAAUGUAGCUGUUUCGAACAGAAAGAGACCAUCCCCAAAUGUUGAUCCUCUGGUUCCAUCGAAUCCAGUGGAAUAUGGGCCAGAAGUAAAACGACCAAAACCAACGACUAAUCAGGAUGAGCGGGGAAUUUCAGUAUCCGGGGAAGGAAAAGUAAAAUCCGAAUAUUACAGUGAUAAUUCAGCAUCCUUGCCUGGCAUCAUGGGAACUCCGGGUCCGGUGGGCUUUGAACCAGGAAUGUUUAAAAAAGAAGCGGACGAACAUAAACCGAAAAAUGAUUCCACCAAUAAGAAUAAGAAGAAGAAGAAAGAUAAGAAGAAGCAUAAACAUAAACACAAGCACAAACAUGAUCAUAAACACACUAAGGACAAGGAAAAGAAAGAAAAAGAUAAAGGUAAAGAUAAGGAAAAGGAUAAAAGCAAAGAUAAGGAUUCGUCAUCAUUAAAAAUCAAGGAUGAAACUCUUAGUUCCGCUAGUUCCAGUCAAAGUCCGGAUGCAACAGUCACCAGUGAAUUUCUUUUUCCUUGA